CGUGUCAAGCUUCAUACAUUGUUCUUAUAAAGUCAUAAUUUGGUAAAAUAUUUGAUAAUUUGGGUAAUAAAAGGAUCAAUUUUAGCUUUAAUUAGUCAGCUCGCCAAUAAAUGAGUCAGUAGUGAGGGUGGAAUGACAGAAGGUUUGUUAUCCAAAAUGGCGGAUAUUACAGAAACUCUGAACUCUGAGGAGCAGGAGCUAGAGGCGAUCAAGGCGCGGGUAUUGGAGAUGGAGGAAGAGGAGGAGAAGCUGAGAGAGGCACAGUACAGUUCAGAGAGGACAUUUUCAUACAAUCCGAUACAAGCUGGACUUUUCUACACUAUGACGCAUGACGAGAGAAUAGAUGCCGACGCCAGAUCUGUCUAUGUGGGGAAUGUGGACUAUGGGACGACAGCAGACGAGCUGGAGAUCCACUUUAACGGAUGCGGCCAUGUUAACAGGGUCACCAUUCUGUGCGAUAAAUUCACCGGCCAUCCGAAAGGGUUUGCGUACAUAGAGUUCACAGAUCGAGAGUCGGUGAGGACCGCCAUGGCGCUGGAUGAAACCAUGUUCAGAGGACGCAUCAUUAAGGUUUUACCCAAACGCACCAACAUGCCAGGUAUCAGCUCUACAGACAGGGGGUUUGUACGAGGAGGGCGGCACAGAGGUCGAGGUUUCCGUGGUUCCCGCUUUCAGAACGGCUCCCAGGGUCGAUUCCGUGGCUUAAUCAGGGGAACUGGACGAAAUCAGCCCUGGUACAUUUCAUAUUGACCAAAAGAGCAUUUUUAGUUUUGUUUUCCUUCUUCCCUUUUUCAUUUCUAAGCACUUGUGGGUGCUAACUGUUUAAUGUUGGUACAACCCUGCCUUUAUCAGAACAUUGGUUAUCAUGGUACAAAUUUUAAGUAGAUAUAUUUUUGUAUGCUUAUUCAUGUGUUUUCCAUGAUGUCUAAUCAUGCUGAAUUUAUUUACUGUUGAACUGUUACUGUUUUAUUUGUAUUUUUUAUAUUGUACUUUCUUUAAAAUGAACUAGUCGGAGGCCGGAGUACCUUUUUCUAAUUUUCUAUGUUUGUUUGU